AUGGACUCGACCUUCUCGACCUUCGACUCGAUGUCGUUGCCCGGAUCAGAUGUUCCCCAACUUACCAUCUCGCCGGCUGAAACGACUGUCAAACCAGAUGAUCUUGUCGCAGAAACGGGCCUCGAGGCCUCUCCGAAGCCAGAGGAGAAAAAGCCCGUAAAGAAGAGAAAGUCAUGGGGUCAAGAGUUGCCCACCCCAAAGACGAAUCUUCCUCCAAGAAAACGAGCUAAGACUGAGGACGAGAAGGAGCAACGACGAAUUGAACGAGUUCUUCGAAACCGAGCUGCGGCCCAGAUUUCGCGGGAACGCAAGAGGCUGGAAAUCGAAAAAUUGGAAACCGAAAAAGCCAAGAUGGAACAGCAGAACCGCGUUCUUCUUCAGCGCCUAGCACAGAUGGAGGCAGAGAACAAUCGCCUAAGUCAACAAGUCGCCCAGCUAUCCACCGAAAUCCGCAGCUCUCGAGGGGCUUCGCCUCAAUCCUCUGUGUCCGCUCCCUCACCAACCCUCUCCCCUAUCCUUUUCAAACACGAUAACGAGGAGUUGAUCAUCGAGAAAACCCUUAUCCCUUCCCCACCAACCACCGUCUACUCCCCGAUGACGACCGUCAUCGAUUCCAUCGAAACCUCCGAUAUGACACAACAUCCUGCCGCGGUGUUGUGUGACCUGCAGUGUCAAUCGGAGGAAUCGGCGGACCAGAUGACGGUCUCGAUCAAUCAAUCUUCAACCCAGCAUCCAGUCUAUGCACUCAUGCUGCAAGUCAUUCUGCAGCACCUCUUAGUGACGAUGACUUCCGCCGCCUAUUCGACGGUGAUUCUCCCGUUGAACCAGAUCUUUCGUUCCUUGAAGAUGGGAUCUCCUUUAACAUUUUCCCGGAUGGAGAUCUCCCGUCACUUGCCUUUGAUUCUAUGGUUGAUUUCGACCCCGAACCUGGUAAAGUCGAAGACUCCGCGUCAGCGAUCGGUCUUCCGGAUCCGGCUUCUCACUCGACUUCUGGCUUGCAGCCCAGCUAUGGCGCGUCCACUCAGAGAUGCGACGAGCAAGGCAUUGCAGCUAGCGGUGCGUGAGUCUCAACGAUCUGGCAGCUCUCGAUUUAUGGCCCAGGACUAUCGAUCCAGUCAGAGUUGGGAGUUGUUGAUGACUACACUCUGGGCAACCGAUCAAAUUACAAGAUCUGAAAAUCUCCCUUCCCAUAAAUCUUUACGAGGGCGGAAUGGAACAGCCAGAGCGGCACAUUAUGCCAGGGCCAAGCAAUUCUUUCUACGUCGUUCACGGAGUUCGAGGAGUAUGAUGGACUAUGAUGGGCAUUCCGGGUUUUAG